AAGUUUGCAUUUCACUGUUUUUACUCAUUUCGAGGAAUACUGAAUCUGUUUUAAUGAACUACAAUAACCACAAUUACACAGCGCACACAAUACCUCCGAUUUCGCUCAACAUCGGGACAAAUGGGAAAACAAAGUAACUUUGCGUUAUUUAUUUGAAAAAGUAACUCAGAUAUUUUGUUGUAAAUUUAAAAGUAAUGCUUUACUUAACUAGUUACUUGAAAAAGUAAUCUAAUUACAUACGUGCUUGUUAUGUACUUGUUACGUGCAGCCUUAAAUGACUGUUCAAUUGAAAUGAUAUCAACAGUUUGACAGAGGUCACGUGAAUCUUAAGUUAUCACAUGCACAUCACUAACUGAGCAUUUUGCCAGCAACAUCAUUUUUUUUCACGCUUCCUUAUUUUCUCAUGUGAUUGGCUCAAAAAAAUGGGAACGCUAAUGGAUAGUUUUGUAUAGGUAUAUUAGAAGACCUUGAUUGUACCAGUGAGCUACAGGCACUCAACUACACAAAUUAACUCACUUUACUUAAAACAUUACUUACAAAGCAUUCAGGUCACAGUACCUGAUGGGAGACAAUCACAGUUUGAGAAAAAAAAUCAGAUAGUACCUGAGAGCAGGUUUAUGAGGGUUACUUUAUGACACUUUCUGUUGACUCUUCCAGUUUGGUUAAAAAAACCAUGAUUUCAAACCACGGUUUCACCCCCCACCCCAACUCAAAAUUGAGCAUUUUGAUUGGAUGUUGUGCAUCUCCCUGCUCACACCUUUUUUACACUUUUGUUUGGCAAAUGGGGGGAGGCACCCUGCAGUUUAAGAGGGGGUCACCGAAGUUAGAGCUGCCUCUGUGUUUUUUUUCCCACCUUCGUGCUCAUUCAGUAUGUUGCACUUUUGUGACACAGGAACACACUUUAUCGGGAUACUUUAAGGACUGCACAGAGACGAAAACCUGGAAACAGUAUUUUGGUAUUUUUUCAGGCAUAGUGAAUAGUGAAGACCACUCGUGUCCCUCAAGAGUCUAUUUGUUGGCCUUCUGCACUGACAUAAAAGCUUCUUCUACUAUCUGAGACAAGGACUUUUUCAUCUUUUUGGUGACUUUAGCCAGUAUAACCAUACGAACAAUGGCUUAUUUACUAGUUAUACUAGUACUGAUGCUGGUUUCAGUAUCCGAGCCAUUCCAUCUGGAGCGCCUGGGUCGUUUUGACUGGCAGAAGAGCCUUCGACCAGGUGAGGGAUGCCCUAAAAAGUGCCACCCUGAGAGGUGCCCAGAUGUUAGGCAGCUGCAAGGCUGUCCAGCCGGGCUUGUUCGUGACCAGUGCGGGUGUUGCUGGGAAUGUGGAAACGACGAGGGGCAACUGUGUGACCCAGAGCCCCGGUCCGGGUCUACUUUCUACGGGCGCUGUGCUGAAGGUCUGCGCUGCAGAGCUCCUCGAAGAAACCCCACAGGUGAGCCCAGAGCCGUCUGCGUGUGCAGCAAGCAGGAAGCACUCUGCGGUUCUGAUGGAAAGACAUUUAAGAAUAUAUGUCAGUUUCGGGCAGCCCAACACAAGCAAGGCAAAGGUCAGACGUUGACAAUGGUGCACCCUGGACCCUGCAAGACAAAACCAGUUAUCACUUACGCUCCCCGUGACAUCGUCACAACCAAAGGAAGUGAUGCUAUCUUUUCCUGUGAGGUGUCGUCGUAUCCACUGGCCUCCGUCCAGUGGAGUAAAGAGGGGGAUGUUAUUUCUUUUCCUGCUGAUGAUUCGAGCACGGCUGUACAGGCUCGUGGAGGUCCUCGGAGGUUUGAAUUGACCGGCUGGCUCCAGAUUCAAAGAGUCGGCCCGAACGAUGCAGGUGUGUACACAUGCACCGCCAGGAACGCCUUCGGAGAGGUGUCUGCCUCCGCCAGAUUACAGGUUACACAUGGAGGUUCUCAGCUGAACAAAGAGUUCCGGCAGAAAGAAAACGGGGGUUAUAGAAUAUCAGGUGAAGAGGAGAAUGUCGAUGAUGAAGAUUACGAAGGCCAGCCGAGUGGAUAUAUGUAUUUGUGACAUAUAGAUAUUAUAAAAACAUAGCAUUUAAUCACAGAUGUUUCAAAUGUAAGCUCAAUGUAUACUCUUUUUUUCUUUUGCCCUCUAUGUGUGGGCGUUGUAUAUAAAUCCAAAUAAUUUCUAUUCACUUUUGAGAAUUGUACUU